CGUCCUUCGCCGCUAGCACCGCCUUGGGGAGUUGGCUGUCAGCGGGGCGGGAGCGUUUCCACUUUGCCGCAUCUCCAGCAGCGACUGGCUAAUAUUGAAUCUUGGGAUAGCCCCUGUUGGGAGUAGAUGUCGGAGUUGGAACGUUCGAUUCCGUUCGGCCCUUCGAAGCGCACCAGCAGUGUGCGUGUGUUCGUGUGGGUGGCGUCCUUCGCCGCUAGCACCGCCUUGGGUAGUUGGCUCUCAGGGGGCCAGGAGCGUUUCCUCUUUGCCGGAUGCGAUUAGCGAUCAUGUGAGAUGUGCCGACGUGCAGACGUGUAGAUAAUCGAUGCCUCAACCAAUUACUAAAGAGCGAGCGGCACAGCGGUAACUGCUGGCAAACUCCACUACUUUGGUAUGCACUCUGCUGUA